GUUUGUACACAAACAAAACAUUUUUAUCUAUCUUUUCGUCUGAAGCUGUCAGAAUACUCCCAUAUUAAAGCGAUGAAAUUUGUCUGUAAUUUUUUUUUUAAUAUAUGAUUAAAAUUCAAGCAUUGUUGAAACUUUAGGCAUAAUUCAAAAUGAAUUCAGAAGAAAACCUUUCUGUCAUAUCUGAGUACAUGUCUCAGAUUUUGGAGAAUUAUAAUUCAUUACGAGGAAAAACAUUAUCUCUGUCGCAGAUACCAUUCUGGGAUGCAGUUAUUAUAUCAGCAAGUGACUCAGGCCAAGAAAAAGGCUAUCAGUUGCAAAUUCAAGAGAAACAAGAAAGAGGAGAAAUUCCACUUUCUACUCCUUUUCAUGUCUUCUCUGAUCCUCCAGGAUAUAAAAUUGGUUGUGGAGGAUCUACUAUGUUUAUUUUAGAUAAGAUAUUUGAAAUCUAUGGAACUAAUAUGUACAAUAUGCGCUUUCUGCUUAUUCCUGCUGGUGGUUACAGUCAGAGGUUGCCAAAUUUAUCUAUACUAGGAAAGUUAUUUAGCCCUCUGCCAUUUGGAGAAUCUAGAUACCAAAUGCUAGAUCUCAUUUUGGCAACAUAUUUACCUUUUUUAAAACACAUGCCACCAGGAGUAUUUCUGGCCAGUUCGGAUGCUAUAAUAAGCUUCAGUCUAUCUGAAAAUGAUUCAUGGACAUUUGAAAAUGAAGGUUUUACUGCCUUGGCACAUCCAUCCCCUGUCAUUAUUGGCACAACUCAUGGUGUUUAUGUUUUGCCGAAAAUUGAAAAUGAUGAAGGAGGUUCAACAUUUAUGAGUGGAUGUCUUCGUGUACUUCAAAAACCUUCAAUAGAAGAAAUGCAUGAUAAAGGAGCUAUAGUUAAAAAUUCUGCAUUUACUGGUGCCAGUGAUGAAGAAGAGAUGGUUUUUAGUGACAGUGCCUUCUUCUUUGAUCACACAAUUACAAAGAAACUGAUAAAAUUUUACAAAAAGAACAAACCUCUGAAAUGUGAACUCAGUUCUUAUGGGGACUUUCUACAACCUCUUGGUUUGUCAGCUAGUCCUUCAUAUAUUGUAGAUAAAGUUACCAGUGAAACAUUAGCAUCCAUGCGUUCUGCGUUAUAUAGAGAUUUACAUGGAACAAAUCUUUCUAUUUUAGUACUGAAAAACUCUAACUUUCACCAUUUAGGGACCAUGGAUGAAUACAUUGACAGUCUGUGUGGUAAAAAUAAGUUUGGCGAAGCUUUUCCUCUGUCAAGAAGCUCUUUCAUUUCUUAUUCUGUUCCAAAAAUCGCUCCUUUAUAUAUUGAGGGGACAAUAGUAAAUUCUAUCAUCCAUCCUUUGUCUGUUGUCCCUGAAUCUUCUAUUUUGGAAUACUGUGAUAUUAAUGUUGCCAUAAAUGUCGGAAGAAAUUGUAUUAUUAGUAAUAUUCAAAUUGAUGGUUUUGCUAUUCAAAGGUUACCAUUUGGCAUUCCAGAUAACACUCUUGUGCACACUGCAAUACUAAAAGAUGGUUUUGUUACAAUUGCUUUCAAUAUACGGGAAAACAUCAAAAAAGAACAUAAACAGAAACAUGCUCUUGAAACAAUGUUUUUUGGAAAGAAAAUGAAAGUAUUCUUGAUGCAUGAUGAUCUUGUUUUUGAUGCUGAUUGUGAUCCAGUUUCUCUGUGGGAUGCAAAGUUGUUUCCAGUGUGCUCUAGUGCUGAAGAGUCCUUGAAAAAGACUCUUGAAUUUAUCUUAUGUGUUAAUGAAUGCAGCUCUUCUGACCUGAACUACACACUGCAUCGAGGGAAGGUAAAAUGGAUCUCAAUGCGAGAUAUUUUAAUGCAAAAAGAUACAGAAGCAAUGAUAAAUUAUCAGAAGCAAUUAUAUGAAAAGAUAAAGCAUCAAAAAGAAUACAGAAGUUAAGAAAUGAGGAAAUUUACAAAUAAUUUUCCAAAAAGGUGACCAAAAAUUUUUAAAAAUAUGAAAUAUUUUUAAUUUAAAUGUAAUAAAUUUCGAAAAUGCAAUAAGAUGAAAGAAAUGCUUUACUGAGUUGUAUACUUAGCAAUAACUUUUUGAAUAGCUGCCAAACUUUUAAUUUUUAUAUUCUUUUAAUUUGUUUUUCAUCAUUUAAUUUUUUUUCAGUUAGAAUAUAAAAUCUAUAAACAUGUUCUUAGUAUAAUAAUUGGAAUUUUUAAGUGGAAUUCCUUAUGGUCAUUUUACUCCGACUCACAAAAAUAAAAUUCAACAAAAAAUUUAAAUGUUUUAACUAUGAAUCCUUAAUUUUGUUCAUUUGGUUUCAAACAUUUAAUUCACAUUUAAAAUUAUCUUUCUGAAAAAGAGUGAGAACUUCCAAUUAGAAAUAAUUUACCUUCCCAAUAUUUAAAACUGUAUCCUAAGUCAUAAAAUUUUUAAUGAAAUAAAGCAUUCCUUGAUUCAAAAGAUGGAAAGCAAAUACUGUGCUGUAAAUAUUGUGUAAGAAAAUGUCUAUUUCUUAAUUUUCUACCAUAUAUAUAUAUUUUUUAUAAUUACAUUCAGUGAAAAAGUAAUGAGGUUUUAAUUGAUUAUAUAAACAAAACUGUAUUUUUAUCAUUUUUAAAUUAUCUUUUGAACCUUGUGAUCUCUAAAAUGCAUUUGCAUGGAUGAA